CCCUUUUAUCGCGCGCGUACGCUAUAAAUAGUGUGGUCGCCGCCGAAACAGCAUUCAGUAGCCUUCGCGCAGUCUACAGAAGUGCACGAUGAGAGUACUGAUUGUUGCCGCCGUCCUCGCCUGCGCCGCCGCAGCGCCCUCGGGCCUGCUGGCUGGUCCCUACGGUCAUGGUCUGAUCGGCCAUGGCGCACCUCUGGCUUACGGCCAUGGCGCCCCUCUGGCUUACGGCCAUGGCGCCCCUCUGGCUUACGGCCACGCCGCCCCCUUGGCUGUAGCGCACGCCGCCGUCCCUACCAUCUCUCCCGGUGACAUCCAGGGCGCCGCCAUCGAUGCCCAUGUUGAGGCUGCUGACCACGUCCGCGCCGCCGUCGACUCCCACCGCGAGCUGCACGACCAGGCUGCUGAGCUCCAAGGACAGGCCAUCAACGCCGCCGAGGAUCACUCGUGGCAGGCUGUCGAUGCCGUGAAGACCCACGAGGCUCAGUUGGACGGUGCCGCCGCCGGUGCCGCACCCAUCCUAGCUAAGCAGCUGGCAGGACACGCCGGAGUGUACGCCGCCCCCGCGCUCGCGCACGCCGCCUACGCCGCUCCCCUCGCGCACGCCGGCAUCGCGCAC